AUGUCAGAAUCAUCGAAUGAUGUCAGAACAGUGACCAGUAUUCCGAAUAUAAAAAUCGGAGUGCAAGAUGUAUACAGAUCGGCAACAAGUGUGUUGCCGCUAGCAUCGAUUCUUUCGAAAAGCACAUCAAUCGUAACCGAUUCAAUAGCACCAUUCAUUCCGUUGAUAGCCGAUAUUUCAAUUAUAGUUCAGGAGAUUGUUAACCUUUAUCAAGUGGCCGAACAUAACAAACGAAUAUGUGGUGCAUUGCUUUCUCGUGCUACAGCUGCCGAGACCGCCGUCAGAGAUUUACAGAUACGAAGACUAGAAAAUGAAUCACUCUUUAGGUCAAAAGAGUAUUACAAGAACUUUCAAAAACUUUUGGUGACAAUUGGAAAUAUCAAAAGAUUCAUCAAAGAGGUUUCGCAAAUUAAAGGAUUGAGGAGAUUUUUGAUGGCCAACUCCAUUGAACAAGGAUUUAAAGACAUAACGGAGGAGUUUGAUGGAUUGAUGAGGGUUUUGAACUUUUCGAUGGCUGUUCAAAAUUCAGUCCAGAUGGAAGAAGAUCGAAAGGUUUUAGAACAUGAUGUUGCUGAGAUGAACAAGUAUCUCGAUGAGAUCGAAGGUGGCAUAGCGGAUCAAGUAUCUGGCAUAAACGCUAAAUUGGAUGAUAUCACACAAUGGAAUAUUGCUUGGCAAAAUAAAUUGCUUUCAAACAACGAGGAAAUACUCACGGCAGCCACCAUCCCAAUCUCGGAAAUUCAUGAUCCUUCAGAUCCUGUAAAGAGAGGUGCCAAGGUUUAUAAGAAAAUUCGCAAAGGAGAAGAGGUAGCAAUCAAAGAAAGAGUUUCCGCGUUGGAAGAAAAGGAACACCUUAACGAUAUUCUUAGUCAAGUCACCAUCCUCAAAAAGCUCAAGGAAUCACAAUACAUCGUCAGAUUUUAUGGAUUUGUCAAAGAUAAUGAUGUCAUGUAUAUGGUGAUGGAAUGGUGCGAAAAUGGAAAUCUACAAGAGUUUUAUAAGAGAUCACUCACCUGGCAUCAAAAAUCUCAAAUUGCUGUCGAUAUCAGUCGAGGGUUAACCUUUCUACAUACCGUUUCCAUACUCCACCACGACAUCCGUUCCGAGAACAUAUUAAUCACUCAACAUCAGCAGGCCAAAAUCGCUAAUUUCAGUCUAAGUCGUCAUGUUACGGAUCAAACCAAGAAUGUGGGACCAACCAUGAAUACCAUCAGAUGGAUGGCACCUGAAAAAUUAAGAGAUCAUGUGGACAAUCCUUAUACUGUUAAAUGCGAGAUUUAUAGUAACAGUUUUGGAAUGCUUCUAUGGGAAAUUGCCGAAGAAAAGUUACCCUUUCAAGAAUAUAAUGAUAUUAUUCAAAUUUAUAAUCUGGUCGUUAAACAAAGGAUAAGGCCUACAUUUAGUCUAGGCGUCCCCUUGGAAUGGUCAAGAAUUGCACACCAGGCCAUGCAGGAUAAUCCAAAUGCGAGGCCACUGCUCAAAGAUAUAUUCAUGACCUUAAAUGGUAUUCAUCAAAUUUAUCAACCAAAGAAAUCCCCUUCUCAGUCACCAACUAUACCUCCAACGGUCGAUGACUUGCCCGAUGAUGAUGAUCUGUCCAUAGACAUGACAGACUUUGAAAUUUGUACGAUGAGCGUACGAGAGGCAAUCGCCGAACACAAGAAAAAAGAUGGUGAUAAAUUAAAAGCAUGGAAAGCGUUUAGUCAACAUGCAGAAUUCGGUGAUAUGUUGGCGAGAUAUUGGAAGGGUUAUUAUCUAUAUUAUGAUUUAUGCCCAAUAGAAGAUCCAUCAGACCAGAACUCAAGAAAAGAACGCCUCAGGCAAGCCGUUGAGUUUUUCAAGGAAGCCGCGGGUACCGGAUUAGCCGGUUUACAUUUUGCUGUAGAUGCCCAACUUCGAUAUGGACAUUGUUUGUGGUCAGGAGAGGGUGUAAAGAAAGACAUUAAGGAAUCUAUCAAGUACUUUACAUGGGCAGCAGAGAAUGGUAACUAUACUGCUUUAUACAAUAUAGGCAAUAUAUACUACAACGGGAUUGGAGCUCCAAAGGAUGAGGAGAAGGGAAUUCGGUAUCUAAGAUUGGCGGCUUUAUCGGGACAACCAAAAGCUCUGGCAAUGUGCAAAGCCAAGGGGAUAACAUUG